UGCCAACAGACACUAUCAAAUACCCCCCAUUUGUACACCUAUUUUGACUCCUUUAGGCCCCAGACAGUGAAAAAUUCGCUAGAAAUGUCAUAUACAGCAGCUGACUCUUCGGUCGGAGACGCCGCACUCUUAACAACUCCGGCUGACAACGGAGUUCCCUUCGACUCAUCGAGAUACCUCAACGACAACAAAUUCCACAUUCUCCUUGCCGCGUCCGGCUCAGUGGCGACAAUAAAAAUAGCAAACAUAGUUCAACGUCUUAUUUCUAGCUUCUCUUCGUCCCAGCUCUCCAUUCGCCUCAUUCUAACUCAAUCCUCAAAAGAAUUCCUCCGAGGACAAUCUCCUGAACAGCCCUCGUUGGCGAGCAUAGCACAGAUACAUGGUAUAGACGGUAUAUAUCUAGACGAAGAUGAGUGGAAGAUACCUUGGACUCGUGGCGCGAAGAUACUGCAUAUUGAGCUCAGAAGGUGGGCGGAUAUGAUGGUUAUUGCUCCGUUAAGUGCAAAUUCGCUAGCUAAGAUGGUUGGCGGGUUAUGUGACAACCUGCUUUUGUCGACGAUACGUGCCUGGGAUACUACCGGCAUGCUUGACGUUCCGCACACAAUUAGGACCGCCGGUGGAAACAAUGUAACGUAUCCAAGCGCGUCAGCCAAAAAGAGAAUAUUAGUGGCUCCUGCAAUGAACACGGCUAUGUGGGUGCAUCCUGUGACCCAGCAACAUAUGCAAGUUCUCGAAAAGGAUUGGAAUGUGAUGAAUGGCGGUUGGGUAGAAGUAUUGAGGCCCAUUGAAAAGGAACUUGCGUGCGGAGAUAUUGGAGGUGGUGCGAUGUGUAGCUGGGAAAAAAUAUGCGAGAGAAUUGAAGAGCUGCUAUUGACUAAGCACAUUUGAUCUACUUUACCACACGUUUAUACUGUAUACGUAGGAGAUGCUUCAUGCCUGCUAGUCAGGUGAGAAUGGAUGUUCUGUUUCUUCAAACAGAACAGUUAGGACGCUAUUGAUCUCCAUAACUGAAGAGAAAUGUAAAUCUACAACUCAUCUGGCCGAAUAAUGAAGUCUUUACAGUACG